CAUUUUCCUCAACGGGGCUCAACCUCUUCAAUUGCCUAGGGUUUACCGGAACUGCUUCCCAGCUCAAAACACCAAUCUUUUUUUUAAUUUUCUUUAAUUUUUGGGCCUUCGCCAGUCGUCAUGACUGAUGCUUUUGAAGAAGAAGCCGAGCCCACGGUUUCAAUUGGAGAGUACCUGAAGGAUGUCGAAGAACAGGAACUGGAAGCAGAUUUGGUUUUGGGUGGUGAUGAGGGAAAGGAAUGCACAUAUAACAAUGGCUACAUGAAAAGACAGGCCAUUUUUUCUUGUUUGACUUGCACACCAGAUGGAAAUGCGGGGGUUUGCACUGCUUGUAGUUUGUCCUGUCAUGAUGGUCAUGAGAUUGUGGAGCUCUGGACCAAGAGAAACUUUAGGUGUGACUGUGGAAAUUCAAAAUUUGGGGAAUUCUUCUGUAAGCUUCUUGCAAGCAAAGACGUAGAAAAUCCACAGAACUUGUACAACCAUAAUUUCAGAGGUCUAUACUGCACUUGUGGUCGCCCAUAUCCUGAUCCAGAUGCUGAAGAACAGGCCGAGAUGAUCCAGUGCUGUGUCUGUGAGGACUGGUUUCAUGAGGAGCAUCUUGGUCUGGAGUCUUCUGACAUGCAGGUUCCAAGAGACGAAGAAGGGGAGCCAAUUUAUGAGGAAUUCAUCUGCCAGGGUUGUGCAAGCGUUUGUUCUUUCCUGAUGCUGUAUCCUCCAACGGUUUUUGCAUCAGUCCCUCAGAAAACUGCAACAAGUUCUCUGAAGGAGAAAGAAGUGGCCGAGAAUGUUCCUCCUCUAUCUUCAGAGGAGACUAACAAUGCGAGUUCUUCACAGGAUACUCUCAUGACUAACGCUAGCAAAGAAGAGCUCUUGCUUGGAAAGGGUAUCCACGAGGAAAACGAUGGUAAAACUACGAUUAUGAAUCACUGCAACGGAGUUGCUGGCUCAAGUGAGAAAUGUGUUCUUGGACUGAAUCUGAGUGAAGCCGUUGCUAAAUUAGAGAAAAGCAAACCAAUGUUUCUCUGCAAAAAUUGGAGGGAAGUCCUCUGCAAGUGCCAAAAUUGUGUGGACUUCUACAACCAGAAAGGAGUCGGCUACUUGCUCGACCCAGAGGACACAAUUGCCGAGUACGAGGCAAUGGCAAAGCAGAAAAGAGAGCAGUUGGAGCAGCAGCAGAGCUCCGAGUUCCUAAGCAAACUCGGCCACAUCGAGAAAAUGGAGAUCUUGACUGGCAUUGCUGACAUUAAGAAUGAGCUUCACUCAUACCUGGCGUCCUUCGAUCCAUCAAAGGCGGUUACCUCUGCUGACAUUCACCAGGUUUUCGAGAAUCUCGCUAAGAAACGCAAACGAAUGGAGUAAGUUAUUAAAAGAUGGUUAAUGCGGAAUUGGGUCAUGACUAGUAGUCCAGUGUAGUUGUGUUGGUGUUCAAUUUGUUAGACCUCCUUGAAUGGAUGUGUACAUCUAAACUAUCUAAUGCUUAUAUAAAUAUUAUUAUGUAGUUAUGAUAAAAGAACAAACACCUUGACUACCUGCCCUUGUUUUGUGAAUGCGAAUGCGAAGUUAUCUUUGAUUUUUAGA